AUGACUCUGAAAACUAGAAUUUAUAAAAUCAAACGAGUAAAUGAAUCCAUCCCCAAGGUUGAAUUACCUGCAGUCUUAACAAUAGCUGGAUCAGAUAGUUCCGGUGGUGCAGGUAUAGAAGCAGAUUUAAAAACAUUCAGUGCCUUUCAAGUCUAUGGUAUGACAUGUAUUGCCGCAUUAACUGCCCAAAACACCACCGGGGUCAAAUCAUUCAUCAAAACCCCCCAACCAUUUGUUAAACAAAUCUUAGAUCUGGUGUUGGAUGAUAUGUUGUAUGGAUAUCCAGAAGGAGAAGCACCACUUAGGGUGAUCAAAACGGGUAUGCUUACUUCUGAAGCGAUAUUGGAGAUAAAAGAACAUUUACCCAGAUUGAAACAAUAUGGAAUCAAGAUUGUUAUUGAUCCGGUUAUGAUAAGUACUUCGGGUGCAAAAUUAUUUGAUGAUGAAGGGAUGAAAUUAUGUGUGAAAGAUUUAAUGCAACAGGCAUUUUUAAUCACACCUAAUUUCCCCGAAUCGGAGACGUUGUAUAAUUUGACAUCUGCGAAUGGUGAAAAGAGAAGAAGUAUUGAGUCAUUGGAUGAUUUUGUUGAAUAUGUGAUUGAGCUUCAACAACAACUUCAAUGUGAGAAUUUAUUAGUCAAAGGCGGUCAUAUCCCAUUCGAUAGCAAUUUGAAACCAAUCCUCGAUGUUGAAAUUGCUAACGGGGAGAGUCAUGUUUUUGAUGUGUUGUAUGAAAGUUCAACUGGUAAUCUCAGUAUUUUCGACUCAGAUUAUAUCAAUACUCCAGAUAGUCAUGGGACAGGGUGUACUUUAGCUUCUGCCAUUGCCGCCAAUUUAGCCAAGGGACGUAAUUUAAAUGAAGCUAUUCCAAUUUCCGUUGAUUAUAUCCAUAGAGGAAUGCUCAGUAUGGGCAAGAAAUUAGGAUUUGGGAAUGGACCAUUGAAUCAUAAUGUCCCCCCAUCUAGAUCAACUAGUCAUAUCCUCGAAUCUCUGGGUGAAGAAGUUCGAGAAAUCUUAGCCAAAUCAGAUUCAUUCCUUGAAUAUCUUAUCAAUCACCCUAAGGUGAAAGAUAAUUGGAAGAAAUAUACCCAACAUCCAUUUGUGAAAAUUCUUGCUGAGAAUAAACUCCCAUUUGAUAAAUUUCUUUAUUUCUUAAAACAAGAUUAUCAUUAUUUAAUCAAUUAUGCCCAAUUACAUGCAUUAGCUGCUUCAGUUGCUCCAACUUAUCAACAAACCCAUGCUCAAGCUACCAUUAUUGGAGAAAUCGUGACUGAAUUAGAAAGACAUAAAGCUAAAUUAUGUAAAAAGUUCAAUAUUGAUUAUGAUCGUGAUAUGGAUUUGGAUAUUGGUUUAAAUCCUGGGAAAGCAUGUUUGGAAUAUUGUAAUUAUCUUUUGGAUGUUGGUAAAAGAGAGAAUUUCUUGGGGAUUAAAGUUGCACUUGCACCUUGUUUACAUGGAUAUCAUGAAGCUGGGAAAUAUGGACAAGAAAUCCGUAAGCAACAACCAGUGGGUGAAUUGGGUGUAUUGGAUCAAGAACAAGUUGAUACUUAUCAAUCAUGGUUGGAUGAUUAUACUUCUGAUUGGUAUUCUAAUGCUCAUAAUGAGGGAAAGAAGGCAUUACAGAGUUUGGCUGACUCUACUAAUUUGAAUACAAUGAGAUUAGAAGAAUUGGUGGAUAUCUUUAAUAAAGUUACUUUACUUGAAGUUAACUUUUGGAAUGAAGUUUUGCAAUUAGAAUAA